GAAUGGCUGCCACGUUUGAUGUCGCCGCCGUCCGCAAGCACUUCCCUGCCUUGUCCCACAAACAAGUGUACUUUGAGAAUGCCGGCGGUAGUCAGAUAUUGAAAGAGGUUGUCGAUGCUAUUACCGACUAUUUACUCUCGAACAAUGUUCAGCUCGGCGCUAGUUACGCAACAUCGCAGACUUCUACGAAGCUGUUCGGAGAAGGCUGCGCCGCCACGGCAAGGUAUGUGAAUGCCUCGCCAGAGGAGGUCGUACUAGGUCCGUCAACAACGCAGCUCUUUCGCAACCUGUCACUGUCGCUGUACAACUACAUAACUCCGGAUAGUGAAAUCAUCAUCUCGAAGCUCGACCACGAAGCCAACAUUGCCCCAUGGGUACAGCUUGCCGAAUGGCGAGGAUGUACUGUCAAAUGGUGGGACUCACCAGACAAGACCAACCCAACGCUAGAUUGUGACCGCCUACGGAGUCUGAUGACGGAGAAGACGAAGCUUGUCACUUGUACGCACACAAGCAACGUGCUUGGUACCAUCAACAACGUGAAAGCAAUCGCGAAAACCGUACAUGAGGUCCCAGGAGCGCUGUUGUGCGUUGACGCCGUAGCGUAUGCGCCACAUCGUGCAGUCGAUGUUCGAGACAUGGGUGUCGACUUCUACUCCUUCUCCUGGUACAAAGUGUACGGUCCACACAUCGCCAGUUUGUACGCUUCCAAGUCGGCACAGAAGCAUAUGCAAACCCUUGGGCACUUCUUCAAAACUACAGAUACCCUGGAGAAUCUGCUCGGUCUAGCAGCUGCGAACUACGAGCUGACCGCGAGUAUUCCGACUGUAUGCAAGUACCUUCAAAGCGUGCCGUGGGAUCAGAUUGCAGAGCACGAAGAGCGAUUGCAGCGCAUGCUGAUCGACUACCUGCUGAGUAAGCCGGAGGUAUUCCAAAUCUACGGCGAACCCUCAGCGGACAAGGCGAAGAGAGUGCCGGUGAUCAGCUUCACGGUGAAAGGUCGCAGCAGCAAGGAUGUAGUAGAAGCUAUCGAAGCGAAGUCUGACUUCGGUCUGCGUUGGGGAACGUUGUAUUCAAAUCGGUUGUGCGAGGAGGUGAUGGGUCUUGAUCCAGUCGACGGAGUUGUAAGGGUGAGCUUGGUUCACUACAAUACAGAGGACGAGGUUGGCAGCUUCGUCAAAGUCCUGGACAGUGUGAUUUCGAGCUAGCUCCGAAAAUCAUCGCUUGUAACGCUCACCACAGCUGGUCAUUUCGGCUUCUUCGCAUUCCUUGUCACAGUCGGCUGGCACAUGGGUGCAAGCAGGAGCUGAGGCAUACUGUCUGCCGGACGAUAUGAGGCCCAGCAUCGUGCUCCUGGGGACCAGUUGACAGUACUUUUCUGCUUGGUACCACUCUAAGUGUAGCCGCGCAAGCGCUUAUCCUUCGUGUGGGCCUGCAUUUCCUCCGCCGUUGGACGUUUCUCAGGUCCAUCGCCUCCUCUAAUCGGAUCUUGACCAGGUAGACGCACGAGUCGGAAGCGAUGCCUCUGCCGCUGCGACUUCACGGCGUCCAAAC